AUGGAUGCUUUGACUGACUUUUAUGGGGAUCGUGGAGAUAGCUACAAUGCUGGAGUCCGUGUUUCUGUUUUACUUGCAAUCGCUGAGGCACUCUCUUCAGUCGAACUUAACAACGCUACAUCUCAGGUUCUGAUAGCCUUCUUUGAGGGAGAGAAUUGGGGACGUCUAGGAAGUCGAUCGUUUGUUUCCGACCUGCAAAAUUUCCACUGUCUUCAAGAAGUAUCGCGCAAGGACUCGCCUAUCAAUGAUCGGAUGUGCACUAGUCCUCUCCGAAUUUCUCUGGCUUUCACCGAGCUUUCUUUAGAUCACUUUCAGCAAGUGAUCAUCUUGGAUCAACUUCUUCCAAUGAAGGAUUCGCUCUAUUUCCAUUCAGAAGAGGCGUCUUUGCCCGUCUUUCAUGGUGAUGUCGAUAUUCUUCCAAGUACCGUAGCGAAACUCCCUCCAGGUCCUGCGGAGACAUUUUUCCAGGCUGGAGUCGACACAAUAGUCAUCUCGGGAUUUGACUCUGAAUAUGUGACCCGAAGCUUUGGUUCUGCUUUACAAGAAGAUAUCGAUUGGAAUAGUACGUUGCCUGUUGCUCAAACGAUUGCUUCCUUCCUGGCUUCUCAACUGGAAGUGACCGUUCCAAGUGUAAAUGGAACUUAUUUGGAGAAUCUGAUCAACUGCUUGGCUCGCAAUGGCCAGUGCGAAGUCAUUGAAGAUAUUUUGGGCUUUUCACAUGGAUAUCUCACACAGCAGUUGCAGGGUCGUCCUCUGGAUCUCGUUACAACAACCUACUCCAGGGGUCGCUAUCCGAUGCUUUCGCCAACAGGUGGACAGUAUUAUGUAAACUAUACAGGAACGAUCGAUCGUGAGAAAGCUGGUAUUUACUUUACCCCUUCUGUGUUAGAAAGCUUCUUGCAAAGCAGUUUAACACUGGAUUUUCAUCUCUCUGCAUCGGAGAAAUCCUGCAAAACCUGGAGCGAUUGCUUUGAUUUGGAAAAUGGUUAUUGUGUGCAGGGGACUUGCUAUGCUUCUACUGCCUAUUACCACAACGCUAUGGAUCCUGGAUUCAUUAGUUUCAAUACACACAAGUUUUCACCUCUAGUGACCGAUAUCGAUAUAUUUUCGGUGAAUGAAAAUGAUUCUGUUAGUCCACUCUUCACAGAACCUUAUUGGGGAGGCUACUAUGGAGAUGAACCCUAUGCGCAAGUGUUCCAGAAAAUCUCGGGAGCUACCGAGUGGAUCACGUUGAUUGCCGGAAUCGUACUUACUGUAAUUGCUUGGAUAAUUACACAAUACAUAUUUGUGAAUUAUGGAACUCAGCUAAAGCUGAAUAAGUGA